AUUGAUUGAUUGCAAAAAUAUGUGUUUUAUUAUACAUUGUUUUACAUGAAAACGCAAACUAUAAGUAAAUAUCUAAUCAAAUGAUUUGAAUUUGUUUUUUGUUUGAUUCAAAUCAUAUGUUUUGAUUAUUUUUGUGUGAGAUAUGAAUGACAACACAAACAGCGGUUAUUUAUCCACCAAUUGGUCGCCGACUGCAACGCCCGACAACAACAGCAGUAGUAGUAGUAGUGGUGGUAGUAGUGGUCACAGUCAUCGUCGACGAUAUCAACACCGACGGGACGACAAURUGGACGACGAUCGACUGCUGGAUGAUAACAGUGACGAACGACAUCAACAGCGGAUGGCCGCCCGAUCGCUGUCGCAGACCCGAAAGGGACCGCAUUUUGACAGCCAAGACAUUAUGUGUCGCAAGGGCUGUGGCUUUUACGGCAAUCCCGAGUGGCGCGGACUUUGUUCAAAAUGUUUUCGGGCAGAACAACGAAAAGUAGACGCGAAAACACCCGACCAAAAGACCGACAAUAAUAGUCGGUCGUCUUAUGCCUCGUCAGUGAUGUCGCCGAUAAACAAAUGGAUUUCACCUGAAAUGCUAUCACUUUCGGCCUCUUUUUCAUCGUCAAAGUCAUCAUCGAAACCUUCGUCGACAAACAGUUCGACACAAUCCACRCCAUCGACCACAUCGUCGUCAACAUCGCCAUCAUUACCGACGUUUACGAAGUUCGAGGAGAAGAAGAGACAACAGUCGGACAAGAAGAGUAAGACAUUGAAAUCGAUAUUCAAAAGAGCGGCCACUUUUCGCGAGUCUAAGAGUAGUACACCGUCGACGCCUUCAUCAGCCACUCAGGCUCUUCAGUCGUGGACCGAUCGCCAAUUGUUUUCGUUUGAUACGCUUUCGCUCGGCGAAGAAGUUGUGGCCAAAUUUUUACGCGAAGCCGCCAUCCAUGACAUCAAACGACAGAUCAGCCGCAUUGUAGAUAAGAUUAACAAAAUACAGAAUAAGGUGACUAUCGAAGAAAUGUCUGAAACCAUACACGACUUUUACCAGUCGAUGAACACACGGUUCACGAGUAACCCGUUUUAUCGGGAAGCUAGCGGUGAACAGAUUGACCAGUUAGUUGACUUUACCGAACGCUAUCUGAUGCAACAAUUGUACCAAAUGUUGUUCACACGGAUUCAACACGAAGAAGAGGAACGCGAUUUGGCGCUUCAAAAACGGAUUCGUUCGCUGAACUGGAUUAUGGCACAGCAUUUGGAUGUCGACAUCAAUUUACGUCAUCCACAGAUCAAAGAUCUUGUCGACAAAGCAAUAACCGAAGCCAUUGAGAUGGACUCGAAACAGGUUCCGCUGGAAAAGUUGGAYUGCAUUAUGAACUGUAGUAAAACUAUUUUUAAAUUACUUCAAGUCAACUCACAGGAACCGGUCAGUGCUGACCAAUUUCUGCCGGCACUGGUGUUCAUUGUUAUCAAAGCUAAUCCGCCAUUGCUUCAGUCCAACAUCAAACUGAUCACCCGAUUCAGUACACCAUCGCGAUUGAUGUCCGGUGAGGCCGGCUAUUAUUUUACUAACCUGUGCUGUGCCACGUCGUUCAUUGAGAACUUGACCGCCGAUUCUCUAAAUAUGGGCGACCAAGAGUUUCAGAGUUAUAUGACUGGUGAGGCACAACCGCCCGGUGCUUAUCAACARUCGACAUUUUUGUGCGAAGCAUUCCGUAUAAUGGACUCCAAUAAGGCAUUGAUUGCCGAUCUCAAGGAUAGACAAACGAAAUCGGAAGCGCAACUGAAAGAGCUUUCCGAGAGUAUCAAUGAGUUUAGAGACGAUAUGUUAAGAAAAACGUCAAAAUAUCUUAAGCCAAUUGUUCCCAACGUGUAUUCAUUGCCGGCCGAAUUGGACAUUUGCUUAAUUCCCGAACAUUUUAAGGGAUGUGUUAUACAUUCGGACGGAAUUCUCAUUGAUUUGUUGGACAACAGCGAUGUGUCCGCCGAUAAAUAUAGUACUAAUUUAGAGGCCAGUGAUUCAAUUACUAACAGUGAGCCUACUAAUGGUGGUGACRGCAGUGGUCGUCAACGAAAUAGUGCUCAAAUAGCACUGGAAAGUCAAUUAUCAAUAGAUGAACACCAAUUGCCGCCACCGUUGGCGCCACAAAUAAUUCAAAGUCAUAAAUAA